AACGCUCUUUCUCACCAUCAUUUUUCAGUCACAAAGUUUCUCUCCAGCAGUCACCGUAGCCACCGUAUCGUCGCCAGGAGCUCGAUAUCCCCCGCACUUGCGCCGGGCAAUCUGUUACUGGAGAGUGGUUUUUGUGUAUAUUCUCUUCCCGCGAGGCAUUACCUGUCACGCGGUUUCCUCUUGUGCAGUUGUGCGGGAUUGAGCUUGGAACACCACCCAACCUCCGACAUGGAUAAAACAGGAGGCUUCCAGGAACCCCGCUACCUCGACUUCGUGCGCUCCUCGGAGCCCACCGGCGUCGAUGGCAAACCCAUGCUCAACCGCUACUCCACCCAUCUCACUCGCCAGCAUGACUUCCCCGGGGCGCAGGCCAUGCUCUUCGCCGCGGGGGUGCCCGACAGGCACGCAAUGCAGACGGCUCCUCAUGUCGGCAUCGCUAGUGUCUGGUGGGAAGGAAACCCCUGCAAUAUGCACCUGCUGGACCUGGGCAAGGAGGUCAAGAAAGCCGUCAAUGCGCGUGGAAUGCUGGGCUGGCAGUACAACACCAUCGGCGUAAGUGAUGCCAUCACCAUGGGGAACCAAGGGAUGCGAUUCAGCUUGCAAACACGUGAGAUCAUCGCGGACUCCGUCGAGACGGUGACGUGUGCCCAAGCCCAUGAUGCCAACAUCACUAUUCCCGGCUGCGACAAGAACAUGCCCGGUUGCAUCAUGGGAAUGACGAGGCACAACAGACCGAGUCUGAUGAUCUAUGGAGGGACGAUUGAUAAGGGCUACUCAGAGACGCUGCGCCGCCCAGUCAACAUUGCUACCUGUUACGAGGCCUUCGGUGCGUAUACAUUUAAUACUUUGCGCCAACCGGAUGAUGGGGGAGAUACGUCCAAGACCAAAGACGAGAUCAUGGAGGAUCUAGAAAGACAUGCUUGUCCAGGAGCCGGAGCCUGUGGCGGCAUGUACACUGCCAACACGAUGGCCACCGCAAUCGAGUCAAUGGGACUGACAUUGCCCGGGUCAAGCUCAACACCAGCGAGCUCACCAGCCAAAAUGCGCGAAUGUGCCAAAGCCGCAGACGCCAUCAAAGUCUGCUUGGAACAGGACAUCACGCCGAGGAAACUUUUGACACCCAAAUCCUUUGAGAAUGCUCUCGUCAUCACCAUGGCUCUAGGAGGAAGUACAAAUGCUGUCCUCCACUUACUUGCUAUGGCCGUCACUGCCGGUGUGGAGCUCACGCUCGAUGACUUCCAACGCGUGAGCAAUAAGAUCCCUUUCCUCGCAGACCUUGCGCCAUCAGGAAAGUUCUCGAUGGCCGAUCUGUAUGAGAUUGGAGGCGUGCCGAGUGUGCAGAAACUCCUCAUCGCCGCCGGCCUCCUCGACGGCUCUAUUCCAACAGUGACUGGCAAGACCUUGGCCGAGAAUGUGGCGAGCUGGCCUAGUCUGCCUAGCGAUCAGGUCAUUAUUAAGAGCCUGAAUAGCCCCAUCAAAGAGAGCGGCCACAUCCAGAUUCUCAGGGGCAACUUUGCGCCUGCGGGAGCGGUGGCCAAGAUCACCGGGAAAGAAGGUCUUCGCUUUACAGGGAAGGCAAUGUGUUUUGAGAAAGAGGCGGAACUAAACGAGGCGUUGAACAGGGGCGCCAUACCGCGCGGAGAGAAUCUUGUGCUGAUAGUAAGAUAUGAAGGACCUAAGGGUGGACCAGGAAUGCCAGAGCAGCUCAAGGCCAGUGCAGCCAUCAUGGGGGCAGGACUCACCAACGUCGCUCUGGUGACCGACGGACGGUACUCGGGUGCAUCACACGGAUUCAUCGUGGGCCAUGUUUGCCCAGAGGCAGCGGUUGGUGGCCCGAUUGCGUUGGUCAAGGACGGUGAUGAAGUGACGAUCGACGCCGAGACAAACACUAUCUCGAUGGAUGUCAGUGAUGAGGAGUUGGAAAGGCGCCGCAAGGAAUGGAAACCUCCGAGACCGGCGGUAACGAGAGGCACGCUGGCAAAAUAUGCCGCCCUGGUUAGUGACGCCAGUCAUGGGGCCGUUACAGAUUUGUUUUGAAAGCCGCGAGCCCGCGGAAACGUGACUAACCCGGCAAGAAAUGGGGAAUCUGGGCCGCCAGAACGUUGCGAGUCUCUCUUGACCAAGUCUGACAGAGAACAAAGACAAUCUCACACGCCUGUAGCAAAAAAUUGCUUGUUCUACCCCAUAGUCUGUGUCAUACCCCAGGAUUA